CAGGAGUUUCCCACAAUGCAGCGCGGCGCGCUGUCCCCGGUGCUGAUGCUCAGCGCUGCCCCGGAGCCUCCACCGCGCCCGCCUCCCGCCCUCUCCCCGCCGGGCCCCGGUUCAGCGCCUCGCCAUGGCUCAGCUCGGUCGGGUCCUGCCCCAGAGCCGUCUGGGGGCCUGGCCACGGCGCUCGACAGCAGCCUGCGGGCCGCCGUGGCGUUCAAGACGGAGGGUCAGCGCUGCUACCGAGAGAAGAAGUUCCGAGAAGCCAUUGGCAAGUACCAUCGAGCACUGCUUCAGCUGAAGGCGGCUCAGGGGGCUCGCCCCGGCGGCCUGCCCGCCCCCUCCCCAGGGCCCCCCACCAGCCCGGGGCCCGCCCGCCUCAGCGAGGAGCAGCGGCGCCUGGUGGAGAACACGGAGGUUGAAUGUUACGACUCCCUUACUGCUUGCCUCCUGCAGUCGGAGCUGGUGAACUACGAACGCGUGCGUGAGUACUGUCUCAAGGUGCUGGAGAAACAGCAGGGCAACUUCAAGGCCACCUAUCGUGCUGGCAUUGCCUUCUACCACCUGGGUGACUAUGCGCGUGCGCUGCGCUACCUGCAGGACGCCCGCAGCCGGGAGCCCACAGACACCAACGUUCUCCGCUACAUCCAGCUGACUCAGUUGAAGAUGAACCGAUGUAGCCUGCAGAGGGAAGACAGUGAUGGGGGGACUGGAGGCCCAGCUCGGAAUGUUCUGGGCUGAGGCCAAGAGGCAGCUCUACCCUAUUCCUUCCAACCUCACCAGGCAACUUCCCCUGGCUCAUGCGUUUACUGGUAAAGCGCCCGUCACUGCUGUCUCCUUGGUGUGGUCUUAUUUUGGGAAUGAAAGAGGGAUCCAU